CAUGAGCACGUGACCAUGAGAGGAGGGGAGGGGGCAUGUAGCAAGAAAUGGCGGAGACGAAGAGUGGAGGUGAAAAUGAAUGCCCCUGUGUUCCAAAGGUUGAAAAAGACAUUUACAGGGACACUCCUAUUCGUCUUCUGGGUUAUACCAAUGAAGUAGGAGAAGCAUUCCGAGCACUAAUACACGUGAAUCUGGUGCGACUGUCCUACGGUGUGGCCAGCGCAUACGUUGUUGCAGAUACUGUAGACAAAGUGAGAAAGGCUGACAGGGUAAAAUGUGCGGAUCCAGCGGUACAUCGUCAUAAACUGCUUGCCACAGCUGUGGACACGUUACUGUGGCAAGCCCUCGCCUCCGUCAUUAUUCCUGGCUUUACAAUCAACAGGGAACUUGUCUAGGAGUUGCUGCCACAUCCCCCUUACAGUCCAGACCUCGCCCCCAGCGAUUUCCAUCCCUUCGGGCCACUGAAGGCGUUCCUUGGGGGCCGCCGCUUCAGCUGCGAUGACGAAGUCAAGAAUGUGGCCCGAUCAUGGCUGCUACGCGCCGGUAAGGAUUUGCUUGCAUUGAAGCCCUCAUGAUACGCUGGGACAAGUGCAUUAGUGCAGUUGGAGAUUACGUUGCAAAAUAAAAACAAAUUUCUCAUCUGUAAGUUCAUUUUACUUUCGUGAAAAAUGAAAAGUCCCGGUUUGACUUAAACACCCCUCAUAGAAACAGAGAAAAUAGGCACCGCGGAUACCGAAACUCGUGCGGCUCUGACAUCACAGGCUUCACCGCCGCCAGUGAGGCAGCACACGAGAAGUCACGUGCUUACGGCUGCCAAUGGGAAUGGACGCAACUCUGAGGUCUGUGACGUCUGCGCUUUGCUCGGGAGUGCGUUCGAGGGCUUGUAUCUCGCUAAGUACGACGCGUAGGAGAAUUAAUUCUUUUUUCCUCUGUGUUCUGGCGUGUAAUACAAUGCGUCCGUGGUGUUAUGAACCACAUCUAUGAAAGUGUCUCAACCCCGUUAAGACAGCACCCUAGUUCUUCCAUUUCUCCCGAAACGUCGUCCGUCGGCAGAAUAGCAUAGAAAUUCAGGCAAUAGUGGUCAUAACCAGGGUGUCGAACCGCAAAAAAUACGGGUACGGUUCGGGUUCGGGUUCGCGUUGUUUUGAUUUCGUUCCGGUUCGGCCACGCCAAGAAUCGAACCGGUUCGCAAACCGGUUCGCAGCCCCGAACCGGUUCGCGAACCGGUUCAACGCUUCCGUUUUAUAUGUUCCAUAAAACUGCUUUUAUCAGGACAUGCGUGGCUAAUAGUUUACUGCUGUUGUCUGCAUUGACGUCUCUAGCGGUGAGGUAGCCCUUUAGCGAGAGAAAUGAGGAAUGGAUGAACACUUAUUGCAAAUAGAGUCCACGCUGUUGAAGCGGUGUAGUCCUGCUACUUUCUGUUCCCAAAAUCUUUUUUUCACACGCACAGUGCCAGCAAGAUACACUUAAAGGAAGCCUAAUAAGAUGGACAGCGUAACAUAGACGACAGUACUAGCCGGCACACUGCCUUCGCAACGUGAAUCGAUCUGAAACCGUACUGAAACAUGUCGAAAAUAAGCCUGCCAGCCUUACUCUGUCCGAGCUCACAGCAGUGUACUAGUUAAUCCACAACACAAAGGCAAUAUGUCACGACACAACUGCACUACCAAUAAGCAGAACCACAUUUACUUUUCAAGCCACGACCAAUCAAACAGGCACCGUUCUGCGUACGCUCCUUCUCCACUUCUCAUGUUUCUGACUUGUUUAAUUUGUACUGCUCACGUGUAAAGGGAAAUCUUGGGCGCUUAUUUGAUCGCAUAUUCGUCCUGUAGAGCUACAUAACUGGCCUACUCCAUUCCUGUUUCAUUCGUCCGCGUGGCACCUCGUCUCUGAAGAGUAGAUGCCGCACCGCGUGCGUGGGGCGCUAGCCGCGGCGCUCACAAGGACAACUGCGCUUCAACAUGUUAAAAAGACGCUGGAAGUAUACUUACUAUACGUCGUCGUCUCACUGCUAGGUGAAAAUUUCUGAAAUCCAUGAUACAGGCGCGUGAUGAUGAUACCAACGUGUCUUCGUUCGGGGAUAGAGAGGAACUCUUAUGCUGACUUCUUUUAUGUCCGAACCGUUUUGUUGCGAACCGGUUACCGCUAUUAUUUUGUACGGUUCUGCUCCGGUUCGGGUUCAACAGUGUCAUGAAAAUUUCGGUUCGGGUUCGGGUUCGGUUCCGGCAAAAAUAACGGUUCGGGUACGGUUUUCGGUUCGGGUUCGGUUCGACACCCUGGUCAUAACUUCAGAUGGAUCUGCUCUUAGGGAAAUCUCUAUGCCUUCAGAAAAGUUCAUCCUCCGAAUUUCUAAGUAGUGCUGUUUAAGUGAUUCUGCACCAUACUGUGCAAACGGAAUCUCUCAAAUAGGCAAUGCUGCACAGAUGAGCAAGUUUCCGUACGUCUGCUGUUUUCUACGCAUCGCUUACCACUCUUGCUGUGAAACUUGGAAUGCAAGCUCACAAUGAUGCAAAUAACUUAUUUUAUAUCCAUUCUGCAUAACAAGGGGUAGUAACAUAGCUAGAAAAAUAUUUUGGCUUGGGGUACUAGGGAACUUUACAUGUGGAGUAGGAUGUCACCCUCAUUUUUCCCUCUCCCAAAUGCACUACCAAGGGCAGGGCUUGUGGGGUUGAACCCCCAAUAUCCCCCCUCCCCCUGGUUACACCACUGACAAGGGGUGAGGUUUCAGAACCCAUUCAAUCAUUACCUGUGCUCCCUACGGCACUCGAAAUUCCAAAGUUUACAACGAUUUGACACUCCCACAUUUGUACAAAUUACUGCCUCUGGUAGCCAACGCAGUGUUGUUGUGCCAGGUACUGAUAUCUCCCAUUGCAAAACACCACGUCAGAAUGUGGGAAUGUCCAUCUUUGUUUCAGUUGGUCACAGGGGGUCAUGAACAAUUCAGUGAAGUUCAGAUACCUUCAUUAUACUGCGAGGUAGUACAUUGAGGCUUGAAAAGCAUGUAUAGUCUAGACAACAGGAUUUGUAGUUGAACAUGUGCCUGGUUAUAAGUCAUAGGGCCACAGUGAAGAUAAAAUGUGUUAUGGAACCAUGCAUGUAGAGACUAUGAGCUGUUCCUGUGCAGUGCAAUAUAGUUGGCAUGGUUUACAGUGGGACGAAUCUCUGAAAGUGCUGUGAAGGAAGCUCGUCGCAGCUGAUCUAUUCUUUGUACUGUGAGCAUGCGUAUGCAGUACUUAUAUUUACCUCACUUGUUACAUGAUUAUUAUGUGCCUUAUUAGAUGCUGGAUCUGUAUAUUCUGUGCUGGGUAUGUGUCCCCAGCUAUCAAAUGAUCUGGAACUUGCUCGUGGUCACCAAUAAAGAGGCAAUUUUUCGUUUCUAA